AUGAGUGUGAUGAAAACUGUUAUAGGCGGGACCAGGGAAUCGCGCGCAACGUUUCCCAUACUACCAGAAGAUGGCAGCACUAUGCAGGCUUUUUUGCUGCGCAUCGAGCGCCUGUACACCCAGAUGGGAUUGGAGCAGCGCUGGUGGGGAAGCGCACUUAAUGACCACCUUGCGGGCCCGGCUCUAACGUAUUGGAUGUAUCUACGGCGAACUAUCGGCCUAAGCGACUGGGCAACGGUACAGCGCAAGCUUUUGGAGCGGGACUUCUUAGUGGGACCCGUUCCCUAUGAGUUAGUCUUGGGCUUGGAUUGGCUGACGGAACAUAAGGUGGCCUGGUUUUUCCAGUGCGACAAGCUCUCAACCUAUGUGAAUGGCCAAUGGGGCGAGUUACCGGUCAUUAGGACUGGUGAAGCAAAGCUGCAAGGUGACAAUCCCGCCGUAGUCCACCCAAGGACCCCGGCAGAGCAAGCAUACGAAAUAUUGGCCAAACAAGUGGCGAGUAUGUCAGCCGAGGAGGCAGCUAUAUUCCUACGCCCGCCACCUAAAAGGUGUAAAUCCCAUGCGAAGACUAAGGCGAAGGCACGGAUCACGUCGCUCACUCAUCAGGCGGCGGCUGACACAAAGAGUCUCAGGGCACCGUUGCACGGUUUGCAUCUCAUACUGGUUUUGCCCGAAGCCGAUUCGGCAGUGCCCCUAAGGCUCUCGGAUGAAUGGCAAGGCGCGCUUUGUUGCGCGUUAAUUGGGAAAGAACCCACGUCCUCCGGCUGGCGUAGUCCUUUGGUCUCAACCGCCUCGGUGGCAGCGGAGAGUGACGAGGAGUCUCCCUGGCCUAUGGCAAAACUCGAGCACACUCUGUUCGACGAAUGGAUAACUUCGCCGGAGGCGCAGGAUACUCCAUGUGAGGUUGCCCAGGUGUUGCACGAGUAUCGAGCGGUUUUUCCCGAUACCUUACCUAAAGGAUUACCUCCGAAGCGCCCUCAUGAUCAUCAUAUUCUCCUGGCGCCUGGAAAACUCCCAGCGAGAUAUGCAAUAUACCGUAUGACCCCAGAUCAGCUCACAUUCCACAAACAGGAGAUAGCUCAGUUAUCGGACAAUGGUUGGAUCGGACCGACCUACUCGCCUAUUUGCUCUCCUACGAUCAUGGUGGACAAACGUGAUGAUGGCUCCGGGGAGCGGAAGAUGCGUAUGGUUGUCAAUUACCAAGCCUUAAAUGCGCUUAGGAUAGCCCCUGAUUUUCCACUACCUCUCAUUCAAACCAUUCUGGAGCUGCUCGGAGGCGCCAAGUAUUUUUCCACCUUGGAUCUUGAAGCAGGAUUCCAUCAAAUACGUAUGGCUAAGGAAGACCGGUGGAAGACGACUUUCCGGUCCGUUCUCGGACUAUUCGAGUACCGCGUGAUGCCCUUCGGCCUUAAGG